AUGCCAGACUGGAAAUACUAUUACACCGACCCUAUACCCACAAAACAAUUAUUCCGCAUAUUAAAUAAAGGAAUGGAAACCAUAUUCGAAUCUGUAGAACCUGAGACGACCGAAACACCUGUCGUAAGCGAUCUAAGGGAAAAUCUACUGAAGCUGACCGAUGCGAAUGAAAUCAAGUAUACCUCAAAAUACAUCAAAAAGGCAUCUGAAAAGACGCUGGAAAAUAUAUACAAGGACUACGAAAGACAACAGCUGGAAAACACAAACAACCAACUGGCUGAUGUUAUCAUCACCAAGUUCUCUGAACUCAUGGAAGCACUGGAUGCCGUUAAGGAUUCCGAAGGAAUGAAAAAAGAACUGGAGGAAAACAAUCUGCUUAGAAAAGAUAUAAAAAACCUUGUCAGUUAUGUAACACCAUACAUUCCACUUAUCGGAAUACUGAGUGGUGGAAUCACUGUCGGAAAACACGUGAUCAGCUCGAAGGUAAGCUGUCCGGAAAAGGAGGAAAAUGUCGAUGCUACUUAA